GCUCAAGUCGAUGUGCAUACGUGUAUUGGAUGGAUGGGGAUCGUCGGGCUAUGUCUGCCUUUCACGCAGAAACGUGUACCUGCGCAAACUCUGUCCACUUGUGUGUCCGUCGCCACAGGGACAAUGAACGAGCCAAACGAAAACACACUAAAUGGCCAACCACGCGGCCGCCUUUCCCCGCAGCUGUACAUUCCAUGCACCAUGGCCGAUGCUGACAGGCUCAUGUUCAGUCAGUCUCUCUCAUAGAGACAGAGUCACUGUUGGCUGGCGGACUGCCGGACGGCAUUGUCUUGCCGGUGCAGCCGCGACAUGUUACAGAACUUGGAGCCUAUCAAAGGAGGCCUCAGCUGAUGACCACACGCAGCGGCAGACACACACACAACAUACUGAUCUCUGGUCUCUCUGUGUGUGCCUGACUGUACCUGAGGGAGCCGCGGAUUGCCCAGCCUUGUGAGCUCCUCAGGCCUGCACACACACACACACACAGGCAGGCAGACAGACAGACCGACAUGCAGAAGGCACUCCAAGACAGCGAACACUCAGUGCGACCAUACCGUUUCGACUUGAUGCCCACGUAAGGCGUCCUCACCAUCCACCGGUGCAGACACCACCGAAUGCGCGGCUUCGGCCGAUGGAUGCGCAAACUGCACCGUGGCAACCACACACAGAACCGACAGAGCAAAGAUUCGCAUGCGUGUGCGUGGCUGUCGCGCGCUGUGCGUCUGCCUGGUCACUCACCUUUUGCAGAAUGUGCCUCUGUAGUUGGGAUGAGGGCCGAGAAGCGCCAAACUCAGCCGCAUCGGGAGGAAGCACAAAUAUCAGCACAGAUCUCUCACAGACCUCGGCCUCUGGCUCCUCCGGCAGAGCCUGCUGCUGCAGGAG